CGGGCAUGCCGGUCAUCUCUACCAAUUCUUCUGACUUGGCUUCUCAUAUCUACAUCUACAUCAUGUCUGCUCUGACACUUUCCUCCAAAGUAAAGCUCUCGUCUGGGUACUUUAUGCCUAUUCUAGGCUUUGGCGUUUAUCAGAAUUAUGACGCUCGGCCGUCAACACUCGAGGCAUUCAAAGCUGGAUACAGACACAUCGAUUCUGCACAGGCGUACCGGAAUGAAGCAGCAGUGGGUCAAGCAGUCCGCGAGAGUGGACUGGACCGAGCAGAAGUAUUUAUCACCACGAAAUGUGCAUCUAAGUCUCACGGUUACGAGAAUACAUUGAAAGGUGUUGACGAAUCUCUGCAACGCUUCGGAUUUGACUACAUCGACCUAUUUCUUAUCCAUGAUCCCUUAUCUGGUGCGGAGAAACGCCUCGCUACAUAUAAGGCCCUUCAAGAAGCGAAGGCUGCCGGGAAAAUCAGGACAGUCGGGGUGUCUAAUUAUGGAGUCAAGCAUCUAGAGGAGAUUCGGAACGCGGGUUUCGAAAUGCCAUCUGUGAAUCAAGUAGAGCUUCACCCCCUCUGCCAACAGCGUCCGAUUGUCGGAUACUGUCAAAAGCAUAACAUUGUCGUUGAGGCUUACUGUCCCAUUAUCAGGGGUAAGCUAGACCACGAAGUGAUCACGUCCAUUGCAACCAAGUAUAAACGCGACCAGGCUCAGAUUGCUUUGCGAUGGUCUUUGCAAAAAGGGUUCUCUCCUCUUCCAAAGAGCGCGACCCCCUCUCGCAUUCAUUCAAAUGCCCAGCUCUACGAUUUUGUUCUUGGCGCCGAAGAUAUGGAACGUUUGGAUUCCUUGGACCGUGGUAAGGGUGGUGCGGUUAGCUGGAAUCCAGUAGACGCGGAUUAACGAUGUCAAGGUCAACCCGUACUGGAUGAUAGGUUUCAAUGUGCUUCAAAAGAAUCAUACGAUACCUACCUCUUGAGAUUGUACAAGCCACUCAGCAGAGGAUCUCACGAUCACCCUAUGAUGACCGCUAGGCUAUUGUCUGUAAAGGCUGCGUCGAAUUUAAUAAUCGUGUCUUCGAGAGCAAGAUGCUCCAUUCUGGAGACCAAAUGCCUCCCUUCCCUGGACAGAUCUGAAGAAAUUGAAGGACCCGGGUGCAGAUGAGAGCACCUAGAUGCCAAUGGGGAGAGAAUGUUCCAUAGCUCGUUUACCGAUUCAUCUGGGAUGAUAAAGCAUACCAGUGGUAGCCAUCAGCUCACUCACGAGAAUUUCUGGACCAAGACGCCAUUCACACCCGGAACGGGGAAACCUCACUGCCGCGGCAUCAUAAGGUGCUCUGUUAUACGAAACCUCCAAGGGGUCAACAGGGUAUGGACGGAGUGAGUCAUAGCACCGUCAGAUUCAAAGUUUUCUUGUUUGUCAAGGCAAGAUGUCAUAUUCUCAUUGCUGUACGGGCGGGCCUGCUGUUGAUCGUGAACUCCCACCAAUGAACGAUACUCUUCUACUACUUCCCGGUAGCAUAGUAUGGCCACUGACAUCGUCAGUCACGGCGUUUGAUUUUAGUGGCCUGGGUAUGGGGUCUUCAGCGGCAUUGGGAGUCACAAAAUUGUACAAAAUCAAUGGAGGCCAAUUAAGGCAAUUCUGCUCUCACUCCCCUCGACGUCCAUGAAGCCUGGAUGGUGAUUGGAUCUUCCAUUGGCGGAGAACAAUAACAGUAAAUGGAUUUUGUUGGUACUUGCGCGGGCACAGCUCGGGGACAGGUCUGGCAUCACGUCUUCCACUUCCGGGUGGCUUUCGUCGAAAGAAUCAAGAUUAGCUUUGGUCAGUCUGGUGCAGUCGACGAGUAGACCUUAUUUGUAUGUAAGGU